AUGUUCGCUACCAAGUCCGCUAUCAUCCUCGCCGUUCUCGUCACACUCGGCGCAGAGGUUGUCGGCCAAUUCGCCGAUUACCCGGGCUACCAGGCGGCCGCCGUCGCGCCGUGCCCCGCCGCGUCCAUCACGACGACAACAGUGAGGCCCACCUCCACCUUCACAAAGACAAAGACGACCACCGUCACCGCCAUGCCCGAGCGCAAGCGCGCCGAGCACCACCCGCACGCUCCCGCCGGGCUCACCGCCCGCGCCGACGUCACCCCGACCACCACGAUUACGGUGACGCGCACGUCGACGGCCACGGACACCGCCACGCGCACCGUCACGAGCACGUCGACGAGCACCAGCACGACGAGCACGACGCUCACCGCGACGACGACCGCGCGCGUCACGCGGACGUGCACGGGCACGACCACUAUUACGAGCCCGGUGACGCGCACUACGACGAUGACGGUUACGGGCACCCGUACGGCGACUGUUACGGCGUUCACUACCGACGCGGAGACUUCGACGGCUACGGUGACUACGACCGUCGGGGAGACCACGCUCGACCCGUCAUAUGAUGUAGUCAUCCCCUGCGUGUCAUAA